AUGGAGUCCUGCAACGUGGAACUGAUUUUUGAUCACGUGGGACACUUUGGCAGGUUCCAGAUAGUCCUGUAUCUCAUUUGUGCCUGCUAGAACAUCUCCUGUGGCAUCCAGUACCUGUCUUCUGCGUUCAUGACAAUUAUCCCUGAGCAUGCCUGCAAGCCCCCAGGCAAAGUUCGGAAGGCUGUGUCCCACAAUUUAUCUGCUUGGAGGUUGGAGGACAUAACGGCCCUGAGGUACCCAGAUCAGAAAGACCACGUUACAGCGGAGCUGCAGGAUGGGGAGAUCUGGAGUCACAGAUGUAGCAGGACCUGGAGGGAGAACACAUCGCAUUUGGGCUAUGAGUGCAGUGACUAUAAUCUUGAUUGCUCUGAUGGCUAUGUAUGUGACCAAAUUAAAUGGAGAAGUUCUGUGGUGAGAAGUCUGAACCUGGUCUGUGACCAGAAAUGGUAUGCAAACAUGAUCUAGCCCUUGUUUAUAUUCGGCAUGCUGCUGGGAGCAAUUACUUUUGCGCUCUUCGGCUCAGUGACAGGUGCUGUGGAAAUUCCUGCCUGCUUCUUCAUGUGCACCUGGUUGAAGAAGGUGGGAAGAAGAAACACCAUGGUCUUCUGCCUCUUGUUAGCCUCGUUCACCUGUGCUGCCUCUGCCUCGUGCUUGACUGUGGGGAGCAGCAACGUGGUGUCCCGAGUGGCAAGCAUCCUCCUCCCUCUCACUGAGCAUUUCACCAAAGUCUAGAUCUUCCUGCCGCAGGUCUUUAUCACUGCCUAG